UGGCUCAACAUUUCGAAGGAUCCAAUUGUUGGAGUUGAUCAAACUGGAAAUAGUUUCUGGAUUAGAAUCAAGGAGAAUUACAACAACAAUCGCAAUCAAUUUCCAGUAAGAAAUCCAGGUGAAAAAUUCAAUUUUGAGCAUGCAUGGCUAUUAUUAAGAGAUGAGCCAAAAUGGAAAUCGGAAUCAAUGGAGAGCUCUUCCAAACGAUCAAAGAUUUCAAAAUCUGGGCAAUACUCAACGUCUUCUAACACAGAUGCAGCCAAUGAUUGUGAAGAAUAUGACCCAACAACACCAAUGUCUCGUCCAAUAGGUCAAAAAGCAGCGAAGAGAAAAAGUAAAGGAAAGGUUGGCGAAACAUCUUCCAACAAAGAGGAGUUGGAGAACAUGACAAAAGCAAUGUUAGAAAGAAGUGCUGCAGUAAAGAAAUUGGCUGAAGCGAAGGAAGCAGCUAACUUUAGUGCAAUGUAUGAAAUUCUCAUGAAGGACACAUCUGGAAUGACUGAGAAGCAGCUCAAAGAUCAUGAAUUGGCUUGUAAUUUUAUUAGGCGCAAAUUAGGAGAUUAAAUAUUAUUGUAAUUUU